AUAAUAUUAUUAUCGCGGCCUAUUAGCUAUUAUAACACCGCAGCGGUCGUGUUGCAAUUCCAUUUACAACCAAACGUCUGAGCACCGAGCACAUUCGCACUUACGCACGGCACCGUACCGGUUAGUCGCAAGACUGUUGUAAUAUUGUUGACGGUUUUUGCUUAAAACCGUCGGGUUGUUCUGUCAUCGUCUUGUCGUCAACCACUACGCACAUCGAUCAUCAUCCGUCCGCCAACACACACGAAGCCUAUAGGUGCUGUUGUAUGUACAUAAUAUUUUAUUUUGUCGUCAUCGUCGUUUUACCUGCACAUCAUAAUAUUAGAGGUGUAAGUGACCACCAUAUUCGCCGUCCGUCAACGUCUGAAAUCAUAAMAUUUUGAACGCGAAACGAAAACCCGAACAAUUAUACCAUGGAAGUGKACAAGUACGGACCAGUCGUGAAAAUGGGCUCCGGGUACGAGUUGCGGUUUGAAGAUGGCGCCGAUUUCGAAGAAUCGUACAAGGAGCGCGCCGUGAACGACCUGCGCGAGACGCCGGAACGCCGGGCAGAAGCUCUUGAGGAACUCCGGAGACUGAUCAAAGAAGACAAGAAACUUUACCUUCCCACUGACGAAACUACAGAAUUGUACUUGUUAGCUUUCUUAAGAGUCUGCAAAUUCUACCCGGACAGUGCAUUCAAAAGAGUGAAAUUUUUGUACAAAUUACGCCAGAAAAAUCCAAAGUACUGUAAUGACUUACUACCGAGCUUGGAAAAAAACGUAUUUUCUCAGAAUAUUCUUACAGUCUUACCAUCGCGUGAUCAACACGGAAGAAGAAUAUUAAUCACAGAAUGUGGACAGAAGUGGAAAGUAAAAAAUUGCUCACUGGUAGAGAUUUUUCGUGGCAUCGAGCUGGUGAUAGAGGCGGCUAUUCUUGAACCUAGAACUCAAGUGUCGGGCACUGUGCUGUUGGUGGACUUUGAUGGUCUAACCAUAAACCAUGUGUGGCAAUUCACACCAAACUUCGCUAAACUGGUUUUGGACUGGAUACAGUAUUCAAUGCCCGCAAGACUUAAAGAAGUGCACAUCGUAAAUCAACCGUACAUAUUUAACAUGGUGUUUUCAAUGUUCAAACCAUUUAUGCAAGAAAAAUUAAGAAAUCGAAUGCUUUUUCACGGUUAUGAUCAUUCAUCAUUAUUAGCACAUCUGGAUGCCAAAUGUUUACCAACUAAAUACGGUGGUCUCAUGGACAUAGAAACCGACCAAGGCAUUGAUUUAUGGAAUUUACUGUGUUAUUACGAAGACAACUAUAAAGUGGCAAAUGAAUUCGGCUACAAAAAGAAAAAAUGAUAAAAAAUAUAUUACGAAACUCAGUAGACUAGAAACGUGUAUUUUAUGUUAUUGAAUACAGACGUAAUAUUUUAAUUGAAGAGUUCAAUUAUUUGUUAUUGGGUUAUUGACCAA